AUGAAAGCUUUCCGCUAUUAAGUUACUCUCAAUAUUAGCAAAGUAGAGCUCUCUGUUAAAUUUCCUUGUACUUUAUAAGUUAUGUGGAAAAGAGGACUCAACAAAUGUUUAACAAGAACCAAAGAAAAAACUAGAAAUACUUUUAUUGUUAACGAAGUACUUACUCUUGAUUUCAAUGUUGCAGAAAACACUUAAAAAAAAACACAUCUUAUCACUCUUCUUAAUGUUGAUGGAUAAUCAAAACUUGCUGGAGUUGUUAAUUUUAAUAUUAAUGAAACUAUGCCAAUUGAAGGAUAAUGUGCACUUAAUCUAGAAAGAAGUCCUGAUCCUAAUGCUAAAAUAUACUUUACAUAUCAAGUUGUCAAUCUAGGAGAAACUGAUCUUAGUGAUAGUAGAACCAGUGAAUCAUUUCAUCAAAAAACACUUGCAGAAUCAUUCGGUUUUGAAAAAGAGAAUCAAAAUCAAAAAAUUCUUAGUCAAAAGAAAUCUUCCACUUAAUAAAUAUCCAAUUAUGAAGUUUAAUUAACCAAAGAAUUAUAUGAAAAGAGUCUUAAAGAUCUUGAUCAAUAAAAAAUUAAAAAUUCAUAACUAUUAGAUUAAAUUAAUCUAUUAUCAAAUGAAAAAUCAACCUAUACUGAUGAACUUAAUAAAUUGAAAAAAUAAAUUAUCUAACUUUAAAAUGAAAAUUAAUAUCUAGAAGAAUAAUAUGAAUCAUCUAAAUAAGAAAUUAUUAAAUUCAAAGAAGCUGCUCAAUAAAUGACUUAACUUUAAGUAUUGAAUGAAAAAAUGAAUCAUGAAAUUGAAAAUUAUAAAAUUCAAAAUUCUAUCUUAGAAAAUAAAUACUAACAAACAUUCAAAAAGGCUAAACAAUUAGAAGAAAAAGUUGAAUUUUCUCACUUUAAUAAAAUUGAAAGAUCUACUAACACUUAAUUUAAUGAAAUCCCAGAAUAUGUUUAAUAGAAUAAUACUAUAGCAUAAUUAGAUGAAUAAGUUAAGGAAUAUAAGAGAAAAAAUGAUAAAAUUACUUAUGAGUUGCAAUUCACAAAUAAUAAGUUAAAGACUUUAGAAUAAGAAUUAUCAUAAAUGAAAUGCUAAGUGAUUCAAUAUCAAACUUAAUAGACUCAAUUAAAAGAUUAAUGUAACAAAUAUGAAACUGAUAAUACUAAAUUAAAGAUGUUGAUCAAAUAAUUGGAAUAGGAUUAAAAUAACAAAGAAAAGAUCUAAAAUAAAAGUUGCAUUGACUUUCAGAAAUAAGUUGACUCAUUAAAAGAUCAACUUAAAUUGAAUACUGAAAAAGUAUCUAAGAAUAUAUAUUUAUUUUUUUUAGUUAGAGUAGGUGAAGGAGAAGUACCAAUAAGCAAAAGAGCGCAUUGAAAAAUAAAAUGAUAUAAUUGAAUAAUAGAAUGAUGAACUCACUAUGCAAAAUAUGACAUUUCUUAAAGAAUUAUAAUUAAUUGCAAAAAGGUAGGAAUAAUUUGGAAUAGUUUGA